AUGGGCUGGGUUUGGGUGGCCAAGGUUUUGGUUCACGUCCUAACACGAGUUGGCUCGAGUGAUGGAUGGAGUGGAUGCCACACAGGCAUCACGGUGGGCCCCACAGAACUUUUUGUUGCACGAGUCCCUACAAGAAGCGCGGUAAGGAAUUCGCUCCCCUAUAUCUCCUUCCUGACCGUUAAAUGUUUGGCGGGUAACGGCACAAAACCAACUACUUUUCAAAAAUCAAACAAUCUGAUCUCUCUCUCACACACACUGUCAAUGGCAUUUGCUUCCCUUCCAAUCUCCUCUUCUUCUUUCUCUCCCCUCCAUUUUCUUCCUUCGUCAGAUCCUCCAUACUCUAUCCUCAAAACCCACCCAACCCUCUCUCUUCUUUCCACCUCCUCCAAAUCCCUCCAAACCCUCAAGCAAAUCCACUCCCAUUUUAUCAAAACUGGCCUCCAUCACUCCCCUUUCUCUCUAACCAAGUUACUUGAAUCCUGCGCGCUCACCCCGGAUCUCCUCUCUUAUGCCCUUCUCGUAUUCGAUUCCAUCCAAGAACCCAACCAUUUCAUCUGGAACACCAUCAUCCGCGGCCUCGCCCUAGGCCCAUCGCCCAUCACUGCUGUCCAUUUCUACAUCCGCAUGCUCCUCACUGGGACCCACCCCAAUUCUUACACCUUCCCUUUCGUUUUGAAAGCUUGCGCGCAGGCUGCUGCUGCCGCCCGUGAAGGGAAACAGGUCCAUGCGCAUGUUUUGAAGCUCGGUCUUGAGUCUGAUGCCUUUGUGCAUACCUCGAUGAUCAAUAUGUAUGCAAGAAAUGGUGAAUUGGAUGACGCCUAUCAGGUGUUUGAUUUAAGUUCUAUGAGAGAUCCGGUUUCUUUCACGGCAUUGGUUGCUGGGUAUUUUCUAUGUGGGUAUUUGGAUGAUGCCCAUCAGCUUUUUGAUAAGAUGCCAGCAAGAGAUACUGUGUCAUGGAAUGCAAUGAUAUCGGGGUAUGCCCAGAGUGGACGGUUUGAAGAGGCAUUGGAUUUCUUCCAGGAGAUGUUGAGAUCAAAGGUCGAACCUAAUGAGAGCACAAUGGUUAGUGUCCUUUCUUCUUGUGCCCACACAGGUUCAAUUGAAUUGGGGAAUUGGGUUCGGUCAUGGAUUGAGAAUCAUGGGCUUGAAUCGAAUCUUCGGCUUGUCAAUGCUUUUAUUGAUAUGUAUGCCAAGUGUGGAGACUUGGAGACAGCUCGUGCGUUUUUUGACGGGAUUUGUCGGAGAGACCAAAUCUCGUGGAACGUUAUGAUUGGUGGGUAUACUCUUUCCAGCCAGUACAAGGAGGCCUUGGCUCUCUUUAGGGAAAUGCAGUUCUCAAAUCAGGAGCCCAACGAUGUCACGAUCUUGAGCAUUCUUCCGGCAUGCACUCACUUGGGUGCUCUUGAUCUUGGCAAAUGGAUACAUGCUUAUAUAGACAAGAACAUGAGUAACACAGCAAAUAGUGCUCUCUAUACCAGUCUUAUUGUCAUGUAUGCAAAAUGCGGCAGUAUUGAGUCUGCGCAGCAAGUGUUUAAUGCAAUGGAAGUUAAAACCUUGGCUUCCUGGAAUGCGAUGAUAUCUGGGCUAGCCUUGCAUGGGCAUGCUGAUAAGGCGCUUGCCCUUUUCUCAAGAAUGACUGAUGAAGAAAUCCAACCUGAUGAUAUCACUUUUGUCGGCAUUUUGUCAGCUUGUAGCCAUGCCGGUAUGGUUGAAAUGGGCCGUCAAUGUUUCAAUUCCAUGAUUCAGGACUAUAAAAUCUCACCAAAGCUGCAUCACUAUGGAUGUUUGAUAGAUCUCCUUGGCCGAGCCAGGCUUUUUGAUGAGGCCAGGGCGCUUAUGAAUAAAAUGGAGAUGAAGCCUGAUGGGGCCAUCUGGGGAUCUCUGCUUGCAGCUUGUCGGGUUCACAGCAACGUCGAAUUGGCAGAAUAUGUCGCCGAUCACCUUCUUGAAUUGGAACCUGAAAAUCCGGGUGUUUACAUUCUUUUAUCCAAUAUUUAUGCAGGAGCUGGUAGAUGGGAGGAUGUGGCGAAGAUAAGAACUAGACUAAAUGAUAAGGGAACGAAGAAAGAGCCCGGAUGCACCUCCAUUGAGGUGGGCAGCACAGUUCAUGAAUUUCUAGUGGGCGAUAGAGUACAUCCACAGAGCGAUGAUAUAUAUGAAAUGUUAGAGGAAAUCGAUAAGUUGUUGGAGUUGGCGGGUCACGUGCCAGAUACCUCGGAAAUAUCUUAUGACAUAGAGGAGUGGAGAGAAGGGGGAAUGUGUCAUCACAGCGAGAAGCUAGCUAUUGCUUUUGGGUUGAUCAGUACUAGCCCAGGGACGACGAUUCGGAUAGUGAAGAACCUUCGUGUAUGUGGGAAUUGCCAUUCAGAAGCAAAGUUCAUCUCGAAGAUCUUCAAUCGGGAGAUUAUUGCCAGAGACCGUAAUCGUUUCCACCAUUUCAAGGAUGGUGUGUGUUCGUGCAUGGACUACUGGUGAAUUGCACAUGUUUCUCUGAUAUUGUAAUGUAACAGAGUCGGAGAAGAUUAAUAUACUGUGGUAGAUGACAUGUCUACCCAAACAGAACGCCACAGAUAAUGUUGUGAUAUGGAUAACGAAGCCUUUCAAUUGCCUCUUGCACUUUCCAAUCAAUGCAGCCUGUGUGACUGUGAGUAGACUUCUAUGUAUCCAUACAUGCAUAAACACACCCAUGAAGUAUUGAAGAAAGUGUGCACGAAAACAUUAAUAUUGUACACUUGGAUUCAGUGAUCCAAACCACUAUUUGGUUGAAAAUCAAGGUAUCAGAUGGUAACCAUUGAUCAAUGGCCUGAGAAAAGUAUAGUUUCGUACCCAAAAAAAAAAAAAAACACUAUCAUCUAUUCAUUAGUUAUAUCAUGGCCAGUUUUUCUAGAAUACAUUGCAAGCUUAUCAUGGGUACUGUAGCUUGUCUUAUGUGGUAGAAUGGUACUGGUUUACAAGGUUCAAAGGCUACAAGAAUGCUUGGAUUAGCUUCUUCAACCCAUUGGAAUUUGAACGUAACGGGCGGAAUCGUGUUACCAUUGUAUGAUAUUAGCAACCAAUUCAAAAACUUAAUCAA